AUGGGCGGUUUAGGGAAGACCACCCUUGCAAGACAGCUUUAUCAUCACAAAAAAGUAAGGCAGCAUUUUCAUAGUUUUGCUUGGGUCUGUGUAUCUCAAUGGUGUCAAGUCAGAAAUGUUUGGGAAGGAAUUUUAAUUGAACUCAUUUCUGCUACCUGGGAACAAAAACAAGAAAUUAAGGACAUGACAGAUGAUGAAAUAGCAAAGAAGCUUUUCCGCGUUCUGCAAGAAAUGAGAUGUUUGGUGAUACUUGAUGACAUUUGGAGAAUCAACACAUGGAAUCUUUUGGAAAUUGCAUUUCCAAAUGUGGAAACAGAGAGCGCAAUAUUGCUUACUACACGCAAUCAAGCAGUAGCUUCGCUCCCAAAUAGAAAUGCUUAUCGCCACCAACUCCAGCCACUCAAUGAGAAUGAGAGUUGGGAACUACUUGAGAAGAAAACAAUAUCUGAAAAUGCUGAUAUCGAUUUGGGAAUGUACACAAAGAAGAGAGAAUUAGGAAUGAAUAUGCUUCGACAUUGUAAAGGUUUGCCAUUAGCCAUUAUUGUGCUUGCCGGAAUUCUAGCAAGAAAAAACACUGUUAGAGAGUGGGAGAGAGUGCAUGAGAAUGUUCGUGAAUACAUAAGGAAAGGGACAGGUCAUGAAGAGGAAUAUCAAGGUGCAUCAUGGGUUUUGGCAUUGAGUUAUGAUGACCUACCUUAUGGGUGGCAGAAGGUUUUAUCUUCUCGAGACAACAAAGACAUAGUUUGGGGAGAAACAAUGGAGGAUAUAGCACGUGAUUGGUUAAGUGAGUUGGUAGAAAGGUGUUUGGUUCAAGUGGGAACAAGUGGUUCAACUGGGACAAUUAAAGGUUGUCGAAUCCAUGAUCUUGUACGAGACAUGUGUUUGUUAAGGGCAAAAGAGGAAAGUUUUCUCCAGAUUAAAUAUUCUUUGCAAGAAAAUACUUCUUCUAUGGCAGCUGAGGCAACACAAUUGGGGAAAAUUCGAAGACUUGCUAUUUACUUGGAUAAGAACGCAGAUAUGUUGGUUUCUUCAAGAGAUGAAACAAAUGGUCACGCGAGGUCUCUAUUAUUCUUUGACCUAAGAGAAUGGAUUCCAAAAAGUGAAAAAGGAUUACUAUCUCCGUUGAAGGAUUUCAAAGUGCUUAGAGUUUUGAAGGUUGAAGGUCUUCGGGCAAGAAGAGUAGAGUUGCCACGUGAAAUUGGAAAUAUGGUACAUUUAAGGUUUCUAAGUGUGAGGAGGAGCGAAAUAAAAACGUUUCCGCCAUCCCUAGGUAAUUUAGUAUGCAUGCAAACUCUUGAUUUUCGUGUUUCAAGUUAUAUUGACAUGGUCAUCCCAAAUGUGAUAAAGAAGAUGAAACAAUUAAGACAUUUAUAUUUACCUUGGAAUUACAGAGUAAAGGGUAAGCUGGAGCUGUCUACUCUUGGCCAUCUACAAACCUUACAUAACCUUUCAAGUGAGUAUUGUGAUUUGAAAGAUGUUGGUAGAUUAACCAAUCUUAGAAAACUGAAAAUAAGAGUGUUAGGCUCUUUGCAAAAUCUAGAGGAAAUCUUAAAAUCUACAGGCAGCACGCUUAACCGUAUCCGGUCUCUAAUUGUGAAAAAUGACACGAAUAGCGGUGAAGAGCAAGCUAUGCAAAUAGUAUCAAGCUGUCGGGGUAUGUACAAAUUGACGUUGGAUGGGCCAAUCGCAGAAUUACCGAAAGAGCUACACAACUAUCCAAACCUCACCAAGUUAGUAUUAUGGAGUUGUGGUCUCAAGGAGAACCAAAUGGGAAUACUAGAGAAGCUGCCAAACCUAACAAAUUUGAAGCUUUUUGAAAAACCUUUCGAGGAGCAUACAAAGAUACUGGUUUUCUCCAGAGGAGGAUUUCCUUCUCUUGAAUUUCUUCAUGUUUCUAGAAUGGACCAAAUAACAGAGCUAAGGGUAGAGAAAGGAGCCAUGCCUCGUCUCUGUCGAUUGUGCAUCCAAUUUUGCUCGGGAUUGACUACACUUCCAGAUGGGCUGAGAUAUCUUAUUUAUCUCAAGGAAUUAACCAUCAGAUGGAUGUGUAGAGAACUUCAUCGUCGGAUUGAGGAAGAUGGAGAGGAUUUCUAUAAAAUUCAACAUGUACCUUCCCUUGUAAUUGGAGAACCACUCGAUUAA